AUGGUCGCGAAGAAAGGAAUUGCAUCUGAGCUUUUGAAGUCUACUAAUGCAUUGAAGCAUGAUGUUCGAGUAUCUAAAGGACCAUUAUGCAAUGAAGAAAAUAAUUGGUCAUCUGUCAAAAAGGAACUCGGGUUUCAGGUUAUGGAGAAUAGCAGCAAGUUUCAUGGGAGGAUCAGAAAAUCUAAUUCAGAAUUUUCUCAUUCAGAAACUGGCUUUCGCUAUUUUGUACUAAUUGAAAACUUGGAAAAAGAUUUGUCACCGUCGGCAAUCGGGGAAUUCAUAUAUAAGCAAACAUCAAUUUCAUCACAAAUCUAUGUUUUCCCAAGCCAACCAUCAGAGCCAUAUGCAAGGGGAGCAAUUGUGUUGGAAUGCAAAGAGGACUUUGAGAAGAUAUAUGACUUACUUAAUAGUUCCAGUCAAUUGGUAGUGUCUGCAAAGGGAAGGUAUAUAGUUGAAUCAUGUAUUUAUAGCUGA